UACCGGAUGGUCUUUCGUGUUGAUGUGCCCUUCUUGAACAUGGACCAACCUCGUGCAUUGAACGACUUUGUAAAUCUUUCUCACCUGAAUCACACAACCAAGUUUUCGUUGUCGCAUCGCCCUUACUGUGGCUUAUUAAGUUCAUUUAUUACACAUAUUUCAGCCACAUAGUCGACACUUUUCCGUACCGACGCUUUUCAGCAUCGUGUCCUGAACAGUUUCGCUCUUCUCCAAUUUUACGUGAAGGCACCACAAUACAACGAACCGUGCGCUUCAAAUUCUCAUAGCUCACGGACACUCCUUGCUGAGCGGAAUGGACGAAUCUUUUAGUGUCCACACAUUGAUUUGCAGCCCACACGGGCCUUUGGAGAAACCAGGGCUGACAUGACAUCCCCGGAAAGAGAGCGAAAUCUCCCCCAGCAUCCACCGAACUCCGUCCGGCAACCGACGGGCUGGACUGCGAGUCGCUGGGCUGCGAGUCGCUGCGCAGCCUUAGUCACACUGUGUGUGUUAUGUUACAGCAACUCUAUCCAUGGGGAGUUGGUGCACGACGACGUUUGGGCGAUUGUCAACAACCCAGACGUUCGACCGAACUCCAGUCUGCGGAACAUCUUCACGAACGAUUUUUGGGGCAAGAGGAUGUCGGACAAUUCGAGCCACAAGUCCUACAGGCCGUUUUGCAUUCUCACCUUUAAGUUGAAUAUCCUUCUGGGCGGCAUGACACCACUGUACUUCCACAUGGUCAAUGUGUGUCUGCACUGUGCUGUAACCUGCCUGCUGAUGCACACGUGUGAACGGUGUGUGUUUGAAGAGUCCCACCUGGCCUUCGCCACAUCCGUCCUGUUUGCAGUGCACCCUGUCCACACCGAGGCUGUAUCUGGAAUAGUGGGAAGGGCCGAUCUCUUGGCUUGUCUGCUGUUCUUGCUCACAUUUCUUUCCUAUAUAAGGAGUGUCGGUGUGAACACAGCUGAGGACUCGACACCCUCAACGGUGUCGGCAGGGUCUCUGCUCAUCAGUUUGCUGCUGGGCACUUGUGCCAUGCUGGUGAAGGAGACGGGCAUCACCGUGUUCGUGGUUUGCAUCUUUUACGAUGCCCUCGUCCUCUGCGGCAAGCCCCUCUUCGGUCAUCUUUCGGGAUCUGGCGUUAGACAUCUUCUCCAGAUCUGGAAACCCUUCAUCAAACGGGCCUGUGUUGUCUCGAGCUAUGUAUUGGCCAUUAUAUCAGUCAGACUUUGGUUAAUGGGAGGUUCUAUGCCUCUUUUCUCUGAACAAGACAAUCCCGCAUCCUUUGCGCCUUACUUGCUUACCAGAAUUUUGACCUACUCUUACCUGCUCUACUUCAACGCCUGGCUGCUGCUGGCCCCCGCCGUGCUGUGCUACGACUGGCAAGUGGGUAGCAUCCCUCUCGUCGAGUCGCUGAGUGACAUUCGCAACGUGGCCACCGCGCUUCUCGCCGUGGUGAUGGUCGCCCUCUGUCUGCAUUGUAUACAUUCACUGAAGAGGCAAAAGCGUAAGGAGGUGUUGAUGGGACUACUGUUUCUGGUGUUUCCUUUCAUUCCCGCGAGUAACCUUUUUUUCAGGGUGGGAUUUGUUGUGGCCGAAAGGAUUCUUUACAUGCCAAGGCGAGUAUCUCUGGGCUAUUCGUAUUCAAGUCUAAAACUAACCCUCUUGAGAAGUAGCUUUGCAUUUUUUCGGCUCUUCCCCCCUGGGCUUAAUUUCGUCUUCCAACUCUAUUCUUGCAGCAUGGGUUACUGUAUCCUGGUGGUUCACGGCCUCAGUCGUCUCCUUUCAUUGGUGGGCCGUUUUGGUACCACAGUCCUUAGUGCCUCCAUGCUUUUGCUGCUACUGCUGUUCUCCUGGAAAACGGUGCAGCAGAACAAAGUCUGGCUUUCCAGGGAGGCCCUCUUCAGUUCUGGUAUCUGGACGCUGCCUCACAAUGCCAAAGUCCACUACAAUUACGCCAACUUCCUAAAGGACAGCGCUCGCCACCAAGAAGCCAUUUACCAUUACAGCAUUGCCCUCAGGUUGUACCCCCGCCACGCCAGUGCGAUGAACAAUCUCGGCACUCUGACGCAGCAUCCGGAGGAGGCCGAGCGCUACUAUAGGAGAGCACUGGACAUCAAUCCUCAACAUAAUCGCGCGCUCUUCAACCUGGGAAAUCUCCUCAAGUCACAAGGCAAGGAGAGAGAGGCAGAGGUAUUGCUGAAGGACUCCGUUAGCUAUGGUCCAUAUUUCGCCGAUGCUUAUUCCAGUCUAGCAUCACUCUAUGCCGACCAGAAACGCUAUACCGAAGCCCAUGAAAUGUAUUUAAAAGGUAUCGAGAAUUGUCCUGACAGCUCAGACCUGCAUAAUAACUAUGGGGUGUUUCUGGUGGACACUGGAAAGGAGGAGCUGGCAGCUGUUCACUAUCAGCAGGCAAUUCAACUCAAACCAGCUCACUACGUGGCCAUGGUGAACCUGGGCCGCCUUCUCCGCUCCUCCAAUUUGAAUCAAGAGGCAGAGUCCUGGUAUAAAAGAGCACUUCAGGUGACAAGGAAGGUGGAGAUCCUCGCGCCACUGGGGGCGCUGUACUACAACACUGGCCGCUACGAUGAAGCCCUGCAAGUUUACAGAGAGGCCGUUAGUCUACAGCCAGAGAACACGGACAUUUGGCUGGCACUGGCUCAGGUGUUAACCAUGGCUGGCCAGACAAAAGAUGCGGAGAUAAUGACCCGGGGCAUCAUUUCCAGAGGGAGCAGAUGCAUUGAAUGUUACCGCCUCCUGUCUUCCAUCUACAGCAAGCAUGGCAACCACACAGAGGCUCUGGAAGCUCUGAACAGUGCCCUACAGCAGAAUCCCAGUGAUCUCACAGUGAGAGCAGAGUUGUAUUUCUCCAAAGGAAACCAGCUACGAGAGAUGAACCAGUUGGACCUAGCUUUUGAGAGCUAUAAAUUGGCCGUGGAACUCAAACCUGAUCAGUCACAAGCCUGGAUGAACAUGGGAGGGAUUCAACAUAUUAAGGGAGACUAUGCAGCAGCUCGGAUGUACUACCAGAGAGCAUUGAGUCUCAACCCUGCUUCCAAACUUCUGAAAGAAAAUCUGGAGAAGCUGGAUCGGCUCGAGAGGAGGAAGACGGGAGCGCCGUAGUCGCCCCGCUAGACAUUGUUUUGUCCUGGCGACUUUACAGAUGACCUUCGCUAUAUUGAACCGUUUAGCUGUGCACAGGUUUGGAGACGGUGUGCAACGGGAGAAAGUAUUUCUUGGACUCGAGACUGGUUGAGCCACAACUUGGAAGCAUUUUAAGUGUUUAAAUCAAGCAAUUACAGUGUUUACUAUGAUUUUAUUUUUUUGUGAGAAUGAGCGGAUAUUCCAAAUUGUUUGUCAGUUAUGCUCAACAUACCAUGACAUACCCUGUUUUUAUUACUUUCCAAAUGUUUUACAAGACCCUUCUUGCUCUGUCUGAUUUAAAUAUUGAAAUUCUGUCAUAUUUUUAAAAUUGCAAAUCUAUAUCAUGUCCACAUUAUGUUAUAAAGUACUUUGA